AACUCUACUGCAGACUCAGCAAACAGCUGUUGGAAAGUCGUAAAUAGACGCUUGUUUUUUUUUGUUAGUAAACUGUAAUUAGCGUAAAAAGAAAUAAAAUCACACAAAAAGGCCUUAAAAAUGUCAUCAGCCAUAUAUUUAGAGAACUAUUUGGAUGGUUUGGAAUCUCUGCCUACCGAACUGGAGCGAAACUUUAAGCUAAUGAGAAAAUUGGAUGAUCGGGCGCAAACUGCAAUGAAAAGCAUCGAUAGUCACGCAAAGGAUUUUAUGCGCAAGCUAACCGCUGAGAAUGGUGCAAUGAGUGAGGAGGAUCGCAAGGAGCGAUUGGAGGACAUUAAAGCACUGUUUGGUAAGGCCAAGGAGUACAGCGACGAUAAGGUACAACUGGCCAUACAAACGUACGAGCUGGUGGAUAAACAAAUCCGUAGGCUGGACAAUGAUUUGGCGCGCUUCGAGGGCGAAAUACAAGAGAAGGCUUCAUCCACACGGGCCAAGUCUGAGGAAGCAGUUGCCAAAAAGGGAGGUCGCAAAAAGACUAAGGAUGCCAAGGCGACGGGGAAAAAGAAAAGAACCGCCUCUUCCGAUGAGGAAACUGGGCGUGGUGGUGGUAAUCAUUCAAACAGUGCCAGUGGCACAAAUUUGAAUACCAGCAGCAGUGCUGGCCAAGGUAGCAAAAAGAAAAAGUCCAAGGUAAAUCAAGAAAAAGAAACACGCAAGGGGGGCGCACAAAAGAAAGCUGCUGAUGUUGAUGACUCGGAGAAGGAAUCUUCUCACACCGCGGCAACGCAUCCCAGCGAUGUCAUGGACAUGCCUGUGGAUCCCAACGAGCCCACAUAUUGCCUAUGCCACCAGGUUUCAUAUGGAGAGAUGAUUGGCUGCGACAAUCCAGACUGCCCCAUCGAAUGGUUCCACUUUGCCUGCGUUGGACUCACCACAAAGCCAAAGGGAAAAUGGUUUUGUCCCAAAUGCACGCAGGACCGAAAAAAAAAAUAGAUUCAAUGAAUUACGUUGGAUAAUUGCUGCAGACACUGUCAUUUAAUGUAAAUACCCUGUAACGCCACAUAGUUGUUAGUUUAGAAUAAGUAUUGAAUAUUUUAAAUAAAUAUCUUGCAAAAAUAUAAACUGAAA